AUGUUCAUGACUGAUGACCAAAAGGACAAGAUUUCUGGCGAAAAGAAUACAGAUGUAACGGAAGAUGAAAUGGGACCUGUUAGAAUGGUUCGACCUGAAAUGGUAGAUAUGGCACGACGUUUCAUGAUGAUGCCAAAAAUUAGACAAACACCGCUGAUACAACAAAAACAGUUCUUACUUCAGAAGGGUUUACGAGAUGAUGAAAUUAACGAGGCAAUGAAAGAAUUACCAUUACAGCAAAAUAUGCGGCAUAUCAAUAAUACAGCUAUGGAGCAUGAAGCCACGUUUGGUUCAUCGCAUGAUUUUUUAACUAAGCCAUCGGGAAUUAAUAUUUUGUUGCGGAUAACAAAAUAUGCAAUGAUUAUUACGAGUUUUUCAUAUACCAGCUGGCAUUUGUUGCGUUCAUACGUUUUACCACGUUUUUUCGAUACUACGGAGCCGGUUGACGAAAGAAUUGAUGUGAUCGAAAGGAAAAUCAGUGAAAUGCAAAGAAUGAUGGGAGAUAUAACGACCGAGUUGCUUCUAAAAUUGCAGACGGUCAUUGAUAAACAAAGUAUCAUGGAUCGCGUUACAUUUCAAAGCGCAUCAGCACUUGAUGACCUAAAGAAAAGCGUUGAAACCCUCAGCGCAACUCUUGCGAGCAAAGAACAACAACUACCGAUUCGAACAAUAGCUAGAAAACGUAAUGCAACAAAUUCUCGUGUAUUCCCACGAACUGAGGAUCCAAGCGGGUCUGAUAUUCCUAAUAACGAACGCUCAGAAGAGGCAUUGAUAUCAACAGAGACAUCAACACCGGCAGAGGAACGUAAUGGCAGUGUGCAAGUAGAGAAAAAUGUUACUAACAGUGAAUCUUAG